UCCCGCCCUCGUAUAAACGCCCAGCUCAGCGUGUCUUGCAAGUGCAUCUGGACAGGGCACAGCCCAAGGAUCUCUAGCUCUUCCAGAGUUUGUGGACUUGAACUAGAUUUUUUUUUUUUUUUUUUUUUGCCCCUGAGCUUAAAUUGGGGGAACUUGACGUUAACUCUUUUUUUUUUUUUUUUUUUUUUGAAACAAGGAAGACUAACAUCAGGAGGGGCAAGGACGUCUAAAAAGAAUUUACCCGGGGCCGGGUGGUGGCGCACCUGGUUGAGCGUACGUGUUGCAGUGCUCAAGGACGCAGGUUGAAGGCCAACCAUGGGCAAGAGCUGCAAGGUGGUUGUGUGUGGCCAGGCAUCUGUGGGCAAAACUUCAAUCCUGGAGCAGCUUCUGUAUGGCAACCAUGUAGUGGGUUCUGAGAUGAUUGAGACACAGGAGGACAUUUACGUGGGCUCCAUUGAAACAGACCGGGGGGUGCGGGAGCAGGUGCGUUUCUAUGACACCCGGGGCCUCCGAGAUGGGGCCGAGCUGCCCCGACACUGCUUCUCUUGCACGGAUGGCUAUGUCCUGGUCUAUAGCACUGACAGCCGAGAGUCCUUUCAACGCGUGGAGCUGCUUAAGAAGGAGAUUGACAAAUCCAAGGACAAGAAGGAGGUCACCAUCGUGGUCCUCGGCAACAAGUGUGACCUGCAGGAGCAGCGGCGUGUGGACCCAGAUGUGGCUCAGCAUUGGGCAAAGUCAGAGAAGGUGAAGCUCUGGGAGGUGUCUGUAGCUGACCGCCGAUCCCUCCUGGAGCCUUUCAUCUACCUGGCCAGCAAAAUGACCCAGCCCCAAAGCAAGUCUGCCUUUCCUCUUAGCCGCAAGAACAAGGGCAGUGGAUCCUUGGAUGGCUGAAGAGAUGCCAUCCCUUCUCCACCUCUCCAGCACCACCCCAACCUGUGAGGGUCUCUUAAAACAAGCUACUCUCACCUUGGGAACUCCCCACUCAGCCUGGCAGCUGCGCUGUUCAGGCUCAGGCCACUUUUGUUUCCUUCCAGCUCUGGGAAGUGCAAAUAAUCUAGGUUAGUUUUCCCAAGCCUCCCCCACUUUCAUCAUAUUUGUCCCACUGUGACCUGGGUCAGUUGUGAGUCAGCGUCCCUUCCACCUGACCUGGACAGGAAGGAGAGUUACUGUGUAGAGGCUUGUUCUGUUAUAGGUCCCAUGCCACUGGGUUUCCUGUCAAUAACACACACACCACCACCAUCACUACCCCCUAUGGCACAUGGCACAAGCCUGGAUGUUAAAAAAGGGGUGACCAUGUACCAGGUAUAUUUGUGUAUUUGUGUGUAUACAUGUGCAUGUGUGCAAUCCGGUCAUAGGAGUGUCUCCUCACCCAACACUCUGACCUUUGUCCUGCCAUGCCCUUGGCUGGAAGAAGUUAGCCUGGGGGGGCAUACUUUUCUCCUUUACCUCUUCCUCUAGUGUUUUUAUUUUUAUUCUUUUUUAACACUAGAGCACUGAUCAGCUCUGGCUUAUGAUGGUGCAGGGGGGACUGAACCUAAGACUUGGGAGCCUCAGGCAUGAGAGUCACUUUGUGUAACCAUUAUGCUAUCUACCCCCGCCUCCUCCAGUCUUUUCUAUUCCUUUUCCUGCUCAGGGAGCAGAUGUAUCUUGCUGGUUGAGGUUAAAUAGAGUGACUGCUAGGUUAUGAGUUACCUAUCAAGGCUUUUCUCUUCUAGGCUUCAGUUUUCUCAUCUGUAAGGUGAUUGGAGUUACUUACAUGACCUUCUAGAGUCUUUCCAGCCCUGUGACUACAGUGCCCAUGGCUUCAGGCUGACUAUGAGCGUGUCCUUUGCUUCUCACUCUUCAAGGUGCUACAGCUACCAGCCCUGGUGGCUGGACACUGCUCCCCUCCCCCCCCAACCUGAGUGGUGGGAGUGUACUCCCUGCUGUCAUGCUGCAAUGGCCACAAAGUGCCCAGUCAGGUCUGAUCUUCCUGUCGUGAUUUUUAGUUAACAGCUGAAUUUCUGUUUAUAAAUCACGUGCUAUGAGUUAGCUUGCUGCCAUGGUAAAGGUCAGACGAGGUGCUCCUCUAACCCUUCCUUACCUCAGAGGCCUGAACAGAACAAGGCAAACUAGUAGCAGCUUCUCAGGAGCUGAGACUGUUAGGGCCCAGUAGCAGUUCAUUCUCCAUAGAGUGAAUUUGUAACCCACAACUUCCUGUGCCCAACCCGUGCUUCUAGUGCGCACACUGAGCACAGACACUAGCCAGGCACCCUCCAGUAAUGCCCUUCUCCCCCAGAUGGGAGUGGUGAGCCAGGUAGGCUGCCAGGUCUGAGAAUUAGGUCAUACACAGGGUUGGGUUUCAAGUUCAUUUAUUGAGAUGUUAAACACAAUAAAACUACAACUUAUCAAAAAAA